AUGGACGUCGGCGUGUCACUUGGAGGGAGCGGUGGAUCUCGUCGUUUCCGGAGUGAGCGCAGCAUAAACAUCGGGGAGUCUAGCAGAGCAUCGCUGCGAAAUGAAGGACGUCUGCCGUUACUGCUUGCACUACGGCCGUGCGAGCUCGGUCUGAUCGUUUUCCUCGACACGCUAAUGCUACUGCAUUAUUGCUCCGCGCUCACGUUCAGUCGAAACUUCGGCAAUGACGCUUCUCCGUGCUCGGCCACUGCAACUUCACUCAGUCCGAAUCAGUACCCGUGUGACUGCUUUUCAUGUUGUUCCGGUGACAGUGGCGAUGGAGCGGCUUUAGCGGUUCCGGAUGUCACCUCUGCAGGUAGCGCGGAUGUGUGUACCAAGUGCGCUUUGCCGCAGGGACCGCGAUAUCGGCAUUGUCAUUCAUGCGAACGCUGCCACCCGCUUCGUGAUUGGCACUGCCCUUUUCUAGGGACGUGUAUUGGUGCUUGGAAUGUAAAGUUUUUUAUUUGCUGGCUCCUUUUUCUUUCCCUUGGGCUGGUUGUGAAAACGUACGUUGCGCUGCGACGGACGCGAAAUCUGCUCAUGUGCUUGACUGCAGGCGCAGUGCCGACUAUACAGAGGAGACGCUUGCUCUUGCUUGGUGACGAGGACGAGACGAUCGGAGUCGAGGAAAAGAAGCCAGUUGCGGCAGUACCAAGACGCAAAGCUGCUGCUACUACGUCAGCAAACAAAAAGAUCAACAUGAAAUCAGGUAGCCCUGUGGUCGUGGGCACCGAUUCCAAGAAAGAGAACACAAGUUGUCCGAAAGCGAUUAGUACAGAUUUUACUGCUACGUCUCAUAAUUGGCGAACUGCCCGACGUCGCCUACUAGAGGGAGUUUCGCUAUCCUAUGUGGUUUUCUUGACGGUGUGCGUCCUUUCUGAGGCCACGCGACUGUUGCGAACGCAAGCAGCGAUUAUGGCUAUUUUUGAGGUAGAUUCGAUACUUGCGUCAAGGUGAGUACGAUUUCAGCUUUAGGUCAAAAAGUAAAUAGAAUAUGUGACGGUCGUGAUGAGGAGUGGUCGCCCCAGAAGUAUACAGAUAGGCAGUAUUAUUGAACCGUGCGUUCAUAUUCUAACUAGCGUGGAGGACUUUCUUGGUCGGAAACGCGUUCUGUAUCUGGGCGUGCGCGAAGAAACAGCGGCGGAAGGCAUUCGAUUUCUACGGCUAGUUCGAGUCGAGGACUCGCUGAGUCUCCUUCUGCGAGCUUCUUUCAAUCAAAUUUUAUACCAGACGAAGUGCAGAGGAAGUUGGGAAGCAAUCCCCUAUGCUGGUUUGUGCCUUUCACCAAUUGUAGCAGAGAUGUCGCGCGCCAAUAUUCAGGCACUUCCCCCUAGCUUUCAUCCAUAUCAUACUCUGGGAUAUCGCGUCAUUUUACGCAGAUCGAGUUCGAGGUUUUUUGCGAUGUAUGCCAGAUCAUGUUCAUCUCUAUGUUUGCCAUUGCCAAUCCAGCGAGAUCGUAGGGGUCUUAAGCGAAUUAGAUUAUUUAGGUAGGAGAAUCGGAAGUCCCUAUUCGGAUGUUCUUGGUUCGAAAGGCAUCUCUAUUAAGAUACGCGAGCAUUCUCGCUUUAGAUUUUACGCCAAAGACGUAGACUUCACUUUGUCAGUGACUGAUUUAGAAUUCGCAGGCAGUCAAAGAAGUGGUUAUGCCGCUACUUGCGAUGAUGUAAGCAUAGUAUGGAUUUGAAGCAUAGUGCGAAUGAAUGAGUUGAAGCACGACUUCAAUUCUUUGGGUGCGCUAGCUCGUGGGCUAGACCAAUAACUCUUAGAGUUGUUGGCUCACUUAUAGUCACUGGUAGGCUUUCAGCGGUGCGCUUGAGGGUGCGAAGCAUCGUGUAGUCUAGGGGCUGGCAUGCUAGCCAGUGGCAGACUCUGUGAUGAUGAUGAUGAUUUAGGUCAUCCGUGACUGCAGACUUGCUGAUGCCAUGGGAUUAGCGAGUCAGUGGUUUUUUUUUGACCGUGCUUUUUUGCUAACCGAUGCGACGAAGACUACGUAAUUCAGAUGUAGACGAAUUUGACCUCCUAAAGAUUUAAAUUUGUUCCCAAUAUUUCUGGAAUUCGACUGUUGGAGCCACAUUUUAGAUCGUAUCCCAAUGUGUCCCGGCAAAGUAUCCAUGCACGACCCGUGCUUCUUCGCGGUCUAUCUUAGUAUAGAUUUUUCCCCUACAACGGUGUAAUCAAUUGGAGUGAGAGAUGCAUGUCGUGGGUCGCGUCCACAUACGCAAGGUCUCCUCGUACACACAUCCCGAAGAUAGAAGAACCCUAAUUAGAGACCUCACUUGUGUGUCGAGACGCAUUCCCUGUAGCCGGCCGUAUCUAAGUAAAGACUUCACAGUUUAAAAUCGUUUGUAUGUGUGCAAAACACCAGGUGAACGUACGUCCUAUAGACGAGAGAAUUACCUUUCCUGCCUCUGUGCUGAUGCC